AUGGCACCCAGACCUGAUUCGAUUGUCAAAGCUCUGGGCAAGUUGACAGCCAAGGGUCAUCAAGGUCUCGCCCAGGCCCUUCAAGCUGAACUCAGUGAAGGAGGGGCAUGCAAGGAACAAAAUGGGGGCAAAAUUCCCAGUAAGAACCUCCUCAGCCAAUUUAUGCCUCAAGCUCCUGUUGGUACUGACCCGUACAUGUUGCCAGACUGGGGCGCUUCCAGGUGGGAUGAAGGGGGGAAUUACCCCAUCAUUGAUUGGGUUAUUGCCCUGGUUCUGGAGGAGAAUAAGCAAACCCCCCUGUCCCCCAACACUGACCAAGCAUGGCUCACGCAGCCCUCUCUCAAGGCUUUGUUCCACCUGAUUUGGUCCAAGCUGAAACAACAGUUCAAAGCAGAACACAACAUGGCAAAGAAGUCCAGGAAAGACAAGUGGUUGCUUGAGGGGAGGUUGACUGAGCAUAGAAACACAGUGUUAGGGCAACAGGCUGACUAA